ACAAAUCUUUCAUCUCGGCAACAUCAAAUCGUGAUUUCCUUUUUUGUUUAUUCACUUUUGUAUUGGAUUUUGGAGAUGGCUAUGCAAACUGUGAGAGAAAGUCUCCACUCUGCUCCGCAGAUUUCUUGGUGGAAUGCUUUUGGAUCUCAGCCGUUGGCUCCGGAGAGUCUCGCCGGCGACUCUGACUCGUUCCCUGGAGUUAAGGUCGGAUCUGCCGGAGAGACAGGACAACGUGUGGAUAAACAGAGCAACUCUGCCUCUCACUUAGCUUUCUCACUCGGUGAUGGGAAGAGUUCAAGAGUUGUGGAAAAGCCUCAUGGAGCUGCUUUCUCAUUGAACCAACCUUGCUUGGAACUUGGAUUUACUCAGCCACAGAUCUACACAAAGUAUCCUUGUGCGGAACAACAAUACUAUGGAGUUGUUUCAGCCUACGGAUCUCAGAGCAGGGUGAUGCUUCCUCUGAACAUGGAAACAGAAGAUGGAACAAUCUAUGUGAACUCGAAGCAGUACCAUGGAAUCAUCAGGCGACGCCAAUCCCGUGCAAAGGCUGCUGCUGUUCUUGAUCAGAACAAACUGAGUAGCAGAUGCCGUAAGCCAUAUAUGCAUCAUUCGCGGCAUCUCCACGCAUUGCGCCGUCCUAGAGGAUCCGGUGGGAGAUUCUUGAAUACUAAAAGUCAGAACAUGGAGAAAAGCGGAGGCAAUGCAAAGAAAGCUGCUGGAAAGAAGCAGAGUGAGUCUCAGCCUCAGCAAAGUAACUCUCAGAAUUCUGAAGUUCUUCACCCGGAAAGAGGGACGGUGAACAUAUCGAAUGGACGAAAUGUCUCGGGAUCAGAAGUUACAAGCAUGAACUACUUUCUAAGUUCUUCAGUCCAUCAUCAUCCCCUUGGUGGCAUGGUAAUGCCUAGCAAGUGGAUUGCAGCAGCAACAAUGGAUAACGUCUGCUGCAGUUUCAAAACCUGA